UCGGCCUCCCGGGGGGCGGCGGGCCCCGAGCGCAGAGCGGCGGCGGCGGGGCGCUGCCGGAGCCCGCUCCGCCGGGCCAUGGCCAGCACCGGCUCCGCGCCCGGGGGCGCGGGCGUGGGCUCGGGCUCCGGCUCGGGCUCGGGCACGGUGCUGCCCACCCGCUUCCAGGAGACCGAGAAGCUGCUGUCGGCGACGGAGGGCCGGGAGGAGAAGGGCCUCCGCGGCUCCAAAUCCUUCACGGCAGCCUUGCCCGGCGAGACGGAGCGCAACGGGCACGGGCUCGGCUACAAGUCGGUGUCGGUCGGGCACCUGGAGGCGCCGCCGCUCUCGCCGUCCCGGCUGAGCCUGGGCAGAGCCUCUUCCACGGCCACCAGCACGGCGGCCCCGGAGCAGGGCCGCCCGCGGGACUACCUGGUGCUCGCCAUCUUCUCCUGCUUCUGCCCCGUCUGGCCCCUCAACAUCGUGGGCCUCGUCUUCUCCAUCAUGUCCAGGAACAGUGGGCAGCAAGGGGACAUGGACGGAGCCCGGCGACUCGGACGCAUGGCCAGGCUGCUCAGCAUCGUCUCCAUCGUCCUGGGGACCAUCAUCAUCGUGCUCUACAUUUCACUCAGCGUCAGAGUUUCCUAGAAGACGUUUCAAGCAUGCAAAUACCUUGAAGAGGAGGAAGACAACUUUCCUUUUGGGGUUUUUACUUUCAGCCUUGCAACAAAAAAACCAAUUGUCACAGUGUGGGUGGGCAGCCCUAGACAGCCUGCUCUGGAGCGCCGUCGGAAGGAACGCAUGCCUCUAUUCACUCUUGGAAAUGAGUCUGUACAGGUGAUGGGAGAAAAAACACCGGGAGAAGGAAUGGGAAAGGCCAUCGGACACCAAGCGGAGAGGAGAAGGGGGAAAUCCACUACCUCAUUCCCCUCCAGCAAAACUCACGGAGUGGGGAGACAACUAAAGUACAAGAGGAGGAGAGAGUUUCAAGAACGAAGCUUGUUUUAGCAGAAAAAUUUCAAGGCCAGAACGGGACAUUCUGAGGAAUCCUCCUAAGGAUUUUGGCACAAGUCACCGGACUUUUUUUGGGGGUUGUUGGUUUUUAAAUCAUCAAAUUCUCUGUCUCUACAAAACAAAACAAAGCUCAAACUGCCAUCGGGAGCUGAGAGCUGUUCCACGGAGGAGGAGGGAGGGCAGAGCUGCAGCAGGACCACGGCUCUGCUCCGCACGGAACGCAGCCACAAAAGCUGGAGGAUGUGGUGGGUGCUUUUGUAUUUUUGAUGAAAAAAAAAAAAAAAGAGACAAUGACCAUUUGCAUGCCUUUGGGAAUGUUCUCCAUGUCUGUUCCUACGAGCUCUUUUAUCACUUAGGGCAGAUCUCAGAGCUGGCAGAGCAGGAUGUUGCUGCAUGAGAACCCCAGGCUCCUCCUCACCCUGACCCCAAGGCGGGCUUUUCCAUGGAAGGAAAGAUAAGGUGUUCCCUGUGAACCCACACAUUUCCCUCUGUGCACCCAAAGGGAGGUGCUCACGGCACCCAGACAAGAGCCUGGUUAACCUGUAGCAGCAGCACCAAGGCAUGGACAGCCCAUUCCAUCCACUGAUGUCACAUCAUGAUGCUCGUGCAGAAGCUUCAGCGUGAUCCAGCCCCUGCCACUGCCAGUGCUCACCUCCCUGACCCUUUGGGGCUCCAGCUUAGGGCCUUCCAGGGGAUUUUCAAGGGCAUGGAGGAGUUUUAGAUCCCUGCUCCUCUCCCUGCACCCCUCACAUGCUCUUCUGCAUCGCUGGAAAUCUCCGGUGUCCCCAGAGCUGUCCAGGGUCAGUUCCACAAGUUGUAUUAUUUUGUAAUGUUUUAUAUUUAACAUAACAAGAAAAUAGACUUUGCUCCUCCCACUCUGCCUAUAGGUACCACAGGCCCCACUAUGUCUUCCACAGCACACAGCUCCCUUGGCCAUUUCCCGUGGGAUACAAUCAUGACACCCCCUGAAACCUCCUUCCAGCCCCACCCCUUCUCCUUCCUGCUCACCCCAUAUCCCUGCUGUGGGUUGUUCCUUGGGGUUGGCCCUCUACCCAUCCACCCAGACUAUGCAAAGUUUCAUUGCCUGUUGUUUUAGUCAGGCUUUGUAGAUGACUUCUGGCCACGUCCACUGGCUCCCUAUUACCUGAGUCUCUUUUAUCCAAACUUUGCUGACACGAAUACCCGACCAAGAGCUGCACUCCCCGGCCUUUCUGCCAACCUGGGACCCAGAAAUACGGACUGACUGGGAAAUGUGGUCCUUCAGGGCACUUCUGCUCCCUCACACCCUGAAAAACACCCCAAACCUUCGACCAAAUUCAGUGCUCCCGAGGGCUUGUCUACAUGGAGAAUCCACCACACACCCUAAGAAACUUCACAACACGGCAACUGCUUGGCACUGACUCCUUUUCUCUGGGCUGUGAAUGGGCACAGGGGGUUAGCACAGGGUAGGGGUGAACUGUAAAUCCACGCUGCAGUUACUCUGUAGUAACUAAUGUGCAAAGCCACAGGCACAGCUGUGAAAAUUCUCCUGUCCCCUGUUUGAUUGCUCCUCUUUGAAGUGUUUUCUUUUGCCAGACAUUAUUUGAAUCCAGGGGGUGAGAAAGCCAAAUCCCCCAGACACGCUGUUAACAAUGUUCUCUACGCUAGAAGGGAUUCCAGGGACUCACAGCAAUAGCACAUCACUACAGCACUUCCUCGGGCUCCAUUCCCAUCCACCCCUUUGCCAGCACUUUAUUACAAGCAACUGGCUUCUGAAAGGGACCAAAUCUGCAAUUUUUCUUUUCCAAUUUAUCUCUUGUGAGUUCAGCAAACAGGGGACCACUGAGGGCUGCCGGGUGGGAGCUCCCCCCUGCAUCCUCUGUCCAGGUGCCCCUUGGCACCAGACCUUUUCCUCCCAGGCUUUUCAGAAACCCUCCCUUGGACGUUCCAGCUUUAAUCUUAUGGCUGUUGAAAUCCCGCUGAAUCUCCCAAACGUUUCCCUCUCUGACUCUUGAACCCAAAAGCUGCUUGAUGGCAAACAGGUGUUAUUCUUUAGGAGCUCCACAAAGGCAGUGCUGUCCUGUCCCUGCAUCUUCUCCCUUUACCCACUGAGCUGCUGGAAUUCAGCUGAUGGGAAGAGCUGAGGAGGCUCCUCCUUGGGCAGGAAUCGCCGACAAGUCAGGGAAAAGUGAGUUAUGGGACUUGGGAGCACCAAGUGUUUAUUAAGUAAGGAUUCAAAUGCUCUUUUAUCAUUAUAUAAAGCCUUUCAUCUAAAGUGCUUGCCCUCAUCCAAAGGAUUAAUCCCUGCCACCCCUCAUGAGGUGGGUUCGCGUUACGCUGCUCUAAUUGCGCGGAUGGCAAAUGCUCAGUCACAGGCACCCAACAGCUCCAAAAACAUCCACCUUUUUCCUUCUCCUUCUUAAUAGAACCAUGCAUGAACAUAGAUUUCCUUUGAAUCUGAUUAUUCCAAAGGGACUUGGACAAACUAAACCCCACUACAGUUCAAAAUGGACUGGGAUACCUGCAGUCCUAGGAAGGAGGGAGGUGCUCUGUGAGGCAGCUGCAGUGGUCCUUGCCAGGAGAAGUCCCAAGCCAGGGAAGCACAGAGCAGUGGAGGUACCAGGAUUCCCCUAAAUGCAGGAGAAGGCAGAAACAUUCACCAAAACCGCCAUGGUGAUGAUUUGUUGACCACACCCAGACAGGGUUUGUUCCUCCUGUCUCAUCAGGCAGCUGAGUGAUGCUGUUAAGCAUAUUAAAAAAAAACCAAACUGAAACAAUUAAAUCCCCUUCAUUCUAAAAUCUUCUUUCUGAUUAGAUACAACUGUACUGCACUCCUGAACACUCCUGAAGACAGCUUUUUUUCUUAUUCUGCACUUAAAUCCAGAGAAAAGCCUCUACAGUUAUCCCUGACAAAAUAUUUCCUCUGCUUGUAACCUGGCUUUCCAGUGCUGGAGAAUCCAGGGAUAUGUGCAAAGUCCCAUCUCUCCACCAGCUCCUCCACAUGUUUUCCAGCCUAUUUUGCAAAGGUUUUGCCACUUUGCUCUUCUCCACUUCACACACGGUUUUCUCCCAGCUCAGCCGCCUCUUUGGCUCUUUUGGGGUGGAAUUAUCUUAUAUUCAUGAAGGAAGAGGUUGCAGAGCUCAGAACUCUUGAGGCCACCAGCAGGCACAGUCACUCCUUUGGUCUACACCCAGGGAACAACAGCGUUCCUCGUGAUUAUUUGCUGCUUUAGUGCUCAUCUUAAUGCAAGCAUCUCUUGUUGCACAUGCAGGCACAGCCACUCCUCUCCUUGACUUGGCUUUUAGCACAGGAGGGCAAUCACAAAAACCACGUCACAAGACCUUCCCUCUCCAUCCCCACAAACAAACCCUGUUACUUAUCCCCCAGCUCUUUGCCACCUGCUGCAGCCUCCUCUAAGCACACACCACAGAGUGGAGUUUUCUGUGUUUGCAACUCCGACAGUCACGAAAUCCUCAGGAUCUGCCCAACCUGUACCCCUCGGUGAGGGAGAGGUGAGAGAUCCGAGCAGCGUGGUGGCAAAUCCAGCCUUACCUGACAGCAAAGCUGAGCUGGUGGGAGGAGAGCUCGCUGAAGGGCUGGAGAAGGUGGGAAACGUCUCUAAAUGUAAGCUGAAGUAGGAGUUACAAUCGACAAGUGUGAGGUCCUGGUGGGAUAUAAAUACACACUUUGCACUGCUCGGGAAAGAGGCUCCGAGCAGAGCACGUGGCCCUGGCACCUCUCUGGCACUGGUGGCCCUGGGGCUCCUUUCCUGGGGGGUUUGGGGCAGAGCUGGGCUCCGGUGGGGGGCACAGAAGGGCCCUUGCUGGGUGCAGCAAGGCUGGAUCAAAGCCUGAGGCUGAACCAGCAGUUUGCUGCUGCCGAGCAGAUGAACCGGCCUGGCUUCGCAGCAGCUCCUCGUAGGAUGCCACGACUGAGGGUCAGGAAAGGUCUGGCACAAGUCAGUGGGUCACAGCAACACGCUGGCAGGUGCCUGCAGAGGAGACCAAAGGGAUCUGAGCACAAAGGGAGGAAAGAAAGCCACAAAAGGAGUUCAAGGUUUGCUAUGUUCAGGAUGGGUUUGCUUUUUCUGGUCAGUAUUUCACCCUGUUCCAGUUUACCCCUCUCCCCCCAUCUCUGCUGGUUUCCCGUGGUUUUCCUUCAGCAUUUCUACCCCCAGAGCAAUGUGUGAGUCCCACAGGCUCCUUCCUCCCAUCCUCUGUCUCUCCUUUAACCAGGACAGGUCUUGCUGGCAAUGACACGUCAUGGCUGGGCUCCUCUGGAAGGGGUUAGCGAGGGCAGGGAGCCUCUGACCUGGCUCCCUGCAGAGCCCAGCACGUGGUACCUGACCUUCCCAGCACACACUUCUCCACCUAGACAAGGGGAGCAGAUCCUGCCUUUUAUAGAAAAUUAAACCCCCCUUUCUGUUCAUUCUGAGCCCAGGAAUAGGCUGCAGAAAUGCACCCAACUAGGCUGGCUCCAUGACUGCUUUUUUUCCUCCCCCCCAGAUCCGCUCACCCUUGCCCUGUCACUUUGUUACUUAUCACGGAACCACAGCCAGGGUUGCACUGUCAAGCUCAAACAAUUCAGAUUUAAGAUGGUUUUUCAUCCUUUAAUUUUGGCAAAACCAGUUAGGUUUGGACUGAAAAAAACUCCCCUGCUUGGGCACAAGCUCAGGGGGUGUGGGGGGGGAAAGCAGCCUUUUCAAAGUGGGAAUAUUUGUAAAGCAUUUGCUGACACCAGUAGAUAGCGAAAUUCAAACCUAUAAAUACCCAUCCAGGAUAAGAAACAUCAGAAAGUGAACGUGUGAAGGAUUCACCAAGGCAACCCUGAUCCCACCUGGGAGCAGGGGCCCUUGUUAGAUGGUGCCAGGACAUGAUCCUUGGUGUGGAAGUGCAGGGUCCACCCCUCCACUGCCACAGCCACCAUCCACACACAGCAUGAACACACCAGGAACUGCAGCUGGGUGCUUCUCUUUGCUGAUAAAUGUUUCUUUUUCUGCAGGAUGGUAUGGUAUAUCUUAUAUACUUUCUUUGUAUUUCUUGGCAUGAGAAAAAAAAAAUUAAAAUGUAACAUGCAUGGUCAAA